AUGUUCACGCCAGUUUCCUCCCAGGCGCAAGCUUUUGUUCCUGCACAUGCUGCCUACCCACACUUGAGAAACGCACAGAACCAGCCACGUGGUGGUGCCCCGGUAAUGCUUUAUGGCGCUCACGGUCAACCUUUACCACCCCAACAACAACCUCAAGCUCCACCUGAUGCCACACUUCCCCCGCCACAGGGGUUGUAUCAGAAUCCCUAUGGCAGUGCACCCCCACCCCUCCCUCAAGAUCCUGUAAGUUCCAACUCAGCUCUAUCCGCUGUCAAAAGCACCCUUACUCACUGGUCCCUUUGCGAACAGAGACCUAUUGGCCGUCGCGGCUCCAGUUCUGGAUUCGAGUAUCCUGAUCCAACCAACUUGGCACCCGUAACGCCGGCAACAUCCGCGCCAGGAUAUCAAGCGCAUUCUGCCUCAAGUCCAUACUAUCCACCUCCACCUCAGCACGAUCGUCGUCCUUCUCCGCAGUCGGCGUACCCUUACGAUAAUCGCCACUCUUCGUCUCCCCACAAUUCACCCUAUCCUCCUCUGCAUGCUAGUCAAAGCGCGAUGACUCCCCCACCCACUUCUACUCCUGGUGGCUCAUCUCGUGGUGGUCUGAAUGUUCGUGACAUGUUGAAUCCAGGAGACAGCCAGGGUCGUUCCAGCACUGACAGUGAUAUGCUGAAUGCCCUCAACCGGCGGGGCUUGAAUCAGUAA